AUGAGUUGGGUUUGCAAUGAAUGUCACUCUUACCUCAAACAUCCUGAUUUUGGAAACGAAGUGAAGGGAAGAGACUACCAUAUUGUGGAAGAUAGAUUAGAUAGCAAUGGUAAACCCCUCUUUUGUGAAAACGGCCGCGCAAGCAAUAGUUCGUGUGGAGUCUUCAAGUCCGUUCAGAGUGUUUAUUCGUUUACCACCGUUUCUGAGAUUAAUAGAGAGUGCCACAUCGAGGAUCAUUCCCUUAUUCAGCAAGAUUGGUCCUUGAGCACGGAUGAUUUGUUCCAGCUCAUGGACAAAUGCAAUCCGGGCUCUCUCUUUUCUCUGAGCACCUACGAGCAGUCCGUAGGCAAGUGCUGGUGGACAGCCGAAGUGGUGGAUACGAUAAUGGUCCAGAAAGGCUAUCGAAUAACUGUUUCAUCCAACUCCGACGUGUUUUUAUAUCUGGACAGCUCCCGGGUUUUGGAAUUGGCAGGGACAACGAACUCUCCAGUCGUUCAGAGUGUGGAUCUGGACGAUUUAUCGCUCAACGUCGGGCAAACCUACGAACUCAAGCUCUUCCUCACAAGUCGGCUUUCGUCUCCACUCAAUUUCACCCUUUCCACAAACAUUCUGCCGCUUUGCUAUCCUUCCUUCCACGCCGUCGACACGCUCCUCGAUUCCUGCCGACACGACGGUCAACUCGAGUCCAAUCCUUCCUUGAAAGCGAGAUCUAGAUCGAUCGCGGAUGGCUGGAAGUACCACUUCGCUCCGGGCAUGCGGAACUCCCUUCUCUUUGAUCGGAGAAUCUCGACCUUCUCGUCCUGGUCGCUUCUGUUUCGCUUUGGAUUCGUUUCGCUCCCCUUCCCCUUCCGCUUUCUUCUCAUGAAAUCGGGUCCGAACUACAGCCAAUUCGCCAAAAACGUUUAUCUGGAGAUCUACUUCUCGCAUUCGCCGGUUUUCACGAUCACGCUCUCGAUGGUGACUCCGGAGAACGCGGUGGUGCUUUCGAAAUACACGAGCGAGUCGUCGAUCGGCUGGUCGGAUCGAUGCGAGCUUCGCUACGAAGUGCAUUUGAAGCAGUUCUCGCUGCUGCUCCACACGCUGAACGGAACCGCGACGCUUUUCGAGAUGAGCCACAUCGAUCUGCAGAGCAGUUUGCAAUCCGACACGUCGCGAUGGAAUCAUUGA